CGCUGUUUGCACUGUUUGCACUCUUUCUCCCCGCCAACCUCUAGAAGCAUUUCUCAGCCAACGUUGUUUGUAGUCCCUAUAUUCCUACCAUCCCUUCCCCAAUCUCCAAAGGGCUGAAACCUGAAUAUACAUAUUUCGUGUGUGUUUUUCAGAGUAAUAGUUGGCUUCCGCCAUGGCUACGAUACCCGUAAUCGUCAAACACCAAGGCAAGCGUCACGAAGUCGAUCUCGACCCGACUGCCAACGGAGAGAUCUUCAAAUUCCAACUCUAUUCUCUCACAGGAGUUGAACCGGAACGUCAGAAGGUUCUCGUGAAGGGCGGCCAGCUGAAGGAUGACACCGAACUUUCAACCCUCAACGCAAAGCCUGGGCAAACAUUCAUGAUGCUGGGAACGCCAAGCUCCAGCGAUGCCGCUGUAGCCCUAGCGAAGCCUAAAGAAGCCAUAAGGUUCAUCGAGGAUAUGACGGAAGCGGAAGCUGCAAGAGCUGAUGGUGCUACUCCUGCCGGUCUACAAAACCUGGGCAACACUUGCUACCUAAACUCGACGCUGCAGACGUUACGAAUCCUCCCAGAACUGCAGGAAGAGCUUCUGAAGUACCGACCUUCAAGCGGUGCAUCAAAUACCUCUAGAAUGCUAGGCAUGACUGCAUCUGGGGACCUGACUGCUUCUCUGAAGGAUCUUUACAAGCGCAUGUCUGAAACGCAGGAAGGAUUUCCGCCCAGAGCCUUUUUAAACACUCUGCGGAAUGCAUUCCCGCAGUUUGCACAGAGGGCGAAGGACGGCCACGGAUAUGCGCAGCAAGACGCAGAAGAGGCGUGGUCGCAGAUCAUCUCGCAGCUGCGCCAGAAUCUCACAAUCAGGGGCGAGAACGACGCGGAAACGGCCGAGAUCUCCUUUGUGGACAAGUACCUCUCCGGGAGGUUCGAGUCGGUUCUUGAAUGCGAUGAUCCUGCAGCAAAAGAAGCAGGUGAAACGGCUAUGGAAACAUCAGACUCUUUUCUUAAGCUAGACUGCCAUAUCGACAAAAGCAUAAACCAUUUGCGGGACGGUCUUUUAGCAAGUUUGGAGGAGAAGGUUGAGAAGCACUCGCCUACUCUCGACCAGGACACAAUUUAUACGAAACGUUCUAAGAUCUCUCGACUACCCAAAUACCUUACAGUGCAUUUCGUACGCUUCUUCUGGAAGCGGGAUGUACAGAAGAAGGUAAAAAUUAUGCGCAAAGUAACAUUUCCCUCCGAGUUGGAUGUUGUGGAAUUUUGUACCGAUGAGCUCAAGAAAAAACUCAUCCCUGUUAGGGACAAGGUCCGCGAGAUUCGCAAGGAUGAACACGAUAUGGAACGAGCUCGGAAGCGUCAGAAGAUCGCACAUCAGCGAGAAGAGGAGCAGAAGGCUGAUGCAGCGAUGGUUGAGCCUGUCAAAAAAAAACAAAUGGCCGAGGAAAAGGCUGAAGCAACCACCGAUGUUCCUAUGGAUGAAACCUUCAAAACUGAUGCUGAGUACGAAGCCGAGCGUGCCGCAGCAGUUCUAGCUGCAAAGCGAGAGUUGUUCAAGCUCAUUGACCCCAAGCUCGCGGCGGAUGAUGGCUCCAACAAAUCCGGACUGUACGAAUUGCGCGGAGUAAUUACCCACCAGGGCGCUAGCGCUGACAGCGGUCACUACACUUCGUACGUGAAGAAGCAAGGAAGGAUUGUCGACGAUCCCCUUGCCCCUGGCGGCAGUAGACGAGAGGAUGAUGGCAAAUGGUGGUGGUUCAACGACGACAAGGUUUCUGAGGUUGAGGCUGAGAAGAUUGAAACUCUAUCAGGGGGGGGUGAAUCGCAUUCUGCACUGAUACUGCUCUACCGUGCAAUCGAUCUGCCAACUGCGGAGGAAGUUAACGAAUAAUUCUGCUUCUUUUGUUCAAAAUAGACAAGCCUCAGCUGCAUCAGUCAUAAUGAUUACUGGCUUUCUUUCAAAUUUGCGAGAGCUAUUGUUUUCCUAUGCUGUAUUAAAUUAGCUGUAACGAUUUGUUUCGGCCGGGCUAUCUUUAUAAAGCAUGGGAUUAAAGAGGGAUUGUGGAAAAGCUGAUAGAUUUAUCUAGCAAACCAGAGUGCUCUUUUAAUGAAAACACAUUUACCUACGUCCAUGGACCACUUUGGCCUUCAUCUCCUCAUCCUCCUCCAUUCUGCUUGGCCAGCCAGCGGGAACAUGAAUUUCAUGUUUGGUCCUACUUAGUCUGGCCCAUACAUUUCUUGGCAUGAGUCCCACCUGAAUCUAUCAUCAAAAAAAUGAACUAUUUUUUCAGAAAUGAUUUGAAAAAUAAAACAGAUUUUCUAAUAAUAAACAGUGAAAGAUAAUCAUUCUUCAAAAACUAGAAUAAUACUGAGAUUGAAAAACAAAUUCAAUCUCAUUCAGUAAGAAUUUG